CCAAGCCGUAACCAUCGCGUGGGUUGGAGUUUCAGGAAGUUUGGCACGAUUGAAGUUGGCUCGCAGACGCAACGAGGCAGCUUGUGGAGUUCACAAAUUGCACAAGCAAUUCAUGGAUUAGGGUUUUGGGCUUCUGUGUCAGAUUUAUCGAGGGCGGAGGCAAGAGGCUUUGCUGUUUUUUGAAAUAGGAGGACGCUGCAGUGGCCGAAGGCGUGCGUCGAGCAGAUGGUUUCAAGGCGAGGACUCUCAAUUGUAGGUUGAUUGCAGGUGACAUGGUUUCUGAGAUGGACUCCCGGAGGGCUUGGUUCGUGGAGAAGCUAUGGGGUAACGGGACUGGUUUGAAAGCCAUCGUGGUGGGACAGGUCCUCAGCCUGCUAGUCACGUGUACCGGGUUGACAUCAUCAAUGCUUGCUCGCAACGGUAUUGAUGCUCCAACAACACAGUCUCUUUUUAAUUAUCUUCUGCUUACCGCUGUAUAUGGGUCGAUGCUACUGUACAGAAGAAAAGAAGUGCAGAUUGCGUGGUAUUGGUAUCUGCUUCUCGCUUUUUUUGAUGUGGAAGCGAACUACUUGGCCGUGAAGGCAUAUCAGUAUACUGCCAUCACGAGCGUCAUGCUGCUCGAUUGCUGGACUAUCCCAUGUGUGCUGGUUCUUACAUGGCUGGUGUUGGGGACCCGUUACGAGAGAUACCAUUUCGUGGGCGUAGCAAUCUGCGUGGCAGGUUUGGUCAUGGUCAUAUUCUCCGAUGUUCAUGCUCAGGACAGAUCAAGUGGUGGCAGCAAUGUGUUACUUGGGGACAUACUUGUUUUGGGAGCCUCCAUGCUCUAUGCUGUUUCGAAUGUGAGUGAAGAGUUUGUAGUGAAGAAAGUAGACCAGGUGGAAUUUCUUGCACAUGUGGGAUUCUUUGGCGCCAUCAUUAGUGCGUGUCAGCUUGUUGUGUUAGAAUUAGAUGAGGUUAAAGCUAUCCAUUGGAACGUAAGUUCCAUUGCCCCCUUCGUCGGAUUCGCCUUGUCCUGUUUUGGGUUUUCGAGUUUGGUUCCCUGGCUCUUACAAAUCAGCGGGUCUGCCAUGCUCAACCUGUCCUUGUUGACAUCUGACAUGUGGGCAGUGGCAGUUCGGGCACUAGGGUUUCACGAAUCGGUGGAUAGUCUCUAUUUCGUUGCCUUUGCUCUCGUUGCUGCAGGGCUACUAGUGUAUACGUUAUCUGGAGAGCCCUCACCCUCUUCAGAAGGGAUUCUAGCAGCACCAAGAAAGAAAUACACCCAAAUUGAUCAAGUGGAAAAACCUGCGGAGCCCUCAGCUGGAGGGCAGCUUUCUCACUUACAAAUCAUUGGCAAUGAGCAACCCAAUCCUAAUGACAGGGGCUCUUCCAAGCUAACCUCUGCGUCUGUUUAGUUAUCUUCACAUCUGGGCAAUUUUACGUUAUAUUGUGGAGCAGAAACCGAUUUGUCCGUUCACUAUUGAUAGAGGAUUCUGCUUACAUCAGUUUAAGAAAUUUGAGGUCUCUGGUGACUUCGAUUUUGGUUGUGAUUCCCAGCAGUGUUCUCUAUAGUUGUAACCUGAUGAAAGAAAUUUGGAGACCAUUCAUAACCCGAUUCGAUCUUCAAUUCAUUCAUCAGUUCCUUGAUAUUCCUAGUUCCAUAGGAACUGAUCAUAUUAUUGCAUAAUUUAGCAACCAGUUUGUCUUUUUUAUGAAUAUGUCCACAUUUCCAGCAUAUUCAGAGGACAAGCUAGCUGCAGAAGAAUCAGAGUAUGGUGCUUCUUUACACGCUCCGGACUCAGUGGAUGACCUGAAGCAGCCCAUUUGGACUUAAUGUAUUUCUAUACGAUUUCAAUCGAAUUGUCUGAUAUAAUAGAAAGUAUCACACGUGUGCAACUAUCAUGCUCACAUCUUUCAA